GUUAUGCUACAACAACCACUCAGCCAAAGGGUUUUAAUUUUGGGGCAAGACAUCACUUAGUCUGCUUAGUUGCAGCAAGAUGCCCUGGACAAAACUCUUAACAUUUCUUGGAGUGGGUAGAUGAUAUUUGCAUCAUUUGAUCUUUGUGACGUUAUAUUUGUUUCCUUUUUCCUCUGGAAUAUGAAGAUCUCUUUUUAAUUCACUACCGAAAGUAAUAUAUUUUAGCUCUCUUAUUCUAUAGUAUGCCAUUAGAAAUUGCUUUGAUUAUAUGUAUUCGCCUUGCUGCCUUGGCUUAGUUCAAGAAAAGUGCAUUCUGAGGCCAUCAGGUGUGCCUCAAAUGAAAAGGUGCAGUCCCCUUGCACCUUUUGUGCCUUAUAUUAGUGUGUGCCUGUGCUUUGCCCUUGUGCAUUGCCUCUUGCCUACAAGACCCCUUACGUGUCUAGCUUAUCUUAGUAAAUUUGAAUCUUUAGAGCCACUUUGAAUGCUAUGUCUAUGUCUUUCAUUGCUAUUCAAUUUUCUGUUUUAACACGGUAUUCACUUUCCUGUAUUCAGCAAAUAGCAGAUGGUUGUUUAAUAUGCGAGGGGUGGUCUAGCAAAUUAUCUUGGAAGGGCCAGAGGGUUAGUUUGUUAUAAUGAUGGUUAAGGCAGGUUGGUGUUUAGUUUUAGUUCAUCUCAUAUCACAAGUAAAGGACAUAUUGAAUGCAGGAAUUUAAGAUAUUGAUUGAAUGAAUAGAAUGCUCUAGAUAAGGCAACACUUUAACAAUGUCUGUGUCAGGGCUUGUGAUUUUUCUGAUGCAUAUCUGUUCAUGUUAUAAUCCUGGGUUAACUUUUAUUAGCUUUAGGGUGCAACAUAUAAGCUGUUUUACAUUUCUACAUGAAGCUCUUAUGUAAUAUCUGCUGGAUCUGUGGAUGCACUGUAUAAGCCUUUCACAUAUUUCACAAUUGCCUAUGCUAGGAUGCUGCCGGUAUUGAUAACUAUGCUAACUAGACUGUCACCUUUAGGUUUAAUUGCAUGUAAUUUCGAACUUUAUCUCCUUUAUUUCUGAAUUUGUUAAAUUGCUUACUUGCUCCCACAGGAUCGUCGAUGAUGGUUUGUGACUUGUGAGCCAUUUUCUAAAGACCUAUAGACGGAUUACAGUGGACCAUUUUCACAGAUUCUGUUGAGCCAUUGCCUUAAUGGAGAUGAUUUUUGCUUGAUGUGUGGAGCUCUAGAAAUAAAUGUGAAAUUUUGUA